AAAAAAAAAACCCACCACACGCACCACGCCAAGCACGGAGCCGCCCCCCGGCAGAACGUACAGAGGGCGAGCAGAGCCAGGGAUAAUUCCUUCUUCAUCACCAUCUUCAUCCUCCUCCUCAGCAUCCCAAGCGUGAGGGGGGAGGAGGAGGGAGGGGGGGGCUCAUGCCACCUGCCCCCGCGCCCUGCGGGGAGAGGAGAGCGGCGGAGCCCCACAGCAGCGAGCGGCGGCAGCGCUGAGGAAGCAUGGCAGACACGGAUCUGUUCAUGGAGUGUGAGGAGGAGGAGCUGGAGCCAUGGCAGAAAAUCAGCGACGUCAUCGAGGACUCGGUGGUGGAGGAUUACGGCUCCAUGGACAAGAAUUCCACUGGUGCAGCCCCCCCAGCCCAGGCCCCCUCCCAGUCCCUGCUCCUGACCCCCAGCCCCGCUGCCGGCCUGGGCGCGGUGGUGACGCAGCCGCUGCUGCGCCCGGUGCAGCUGAUGCAGAACGCCAACCACGGCUCCAACCCCCCUGCAGGCACCCAGCCCAUCUUCAUCACCACCCAGGGGUUCCCGGUGAGGAACGUGCGGCCGGUGCAGAGCCCCAUGAACCAGGUGGGGAUCGUGCUCAACGUGCAGCAGGGCCAGACUGUGAGGCCCAUCACCCUGGUGCCAGAGCCCCAUGAGCCAGCCCCAGGUGCCCAGUUUGUUAAACCUGCCGUGGGGGUGCCCCAGGUGUUCUCCCCCGUGGCCCAGGUGCGGCCGGGCAGCGCCAACGCCUUCGCCACGGUGAUCCCGGCCACGCUGACCCUGCGCAGCACCGUGCCCCAGGCGCAGGCUCCCCAGCAGAUGAGCAUCGCCAGCCUGGUGCCGCUGAAGCGCCCGGGCGUUCCCGGCGAGGCCGGCGCCGGCGGCCCCGAGGUCGCCAAGCUGGUCAGCACGGGGGGCUCAGUGCCCUCCUCGCUUGCCCACGGCCCCUCCUCGCUCGCCCACGGCCCCUCCUCGCUUGCCCACGGCCCCUCCUCGCUUGCCCACAACAGCAGCCCCGGGCCGGGCCAGCGCGGCGCCGCCGGGGAGAGCUCGGCCGCCUCGGCGCCGCUCAAAGGCAGCUCCUCCCCCGUGCCCAGCCUGGACCUGCAGGACGGGGGCCGCAAGGUUUGUCCCAGGUGCGACUCCCAGUUCCGCGUCACCGAGGCGCUGCGGGGACACAUGUGUUACUGCUGCCCAGAACUGGUGGAAUUCCUGAAGAAACGCAAAUCCCUGGAACCCGACCCGGCCCCGCCCGGCGCCAAAGCCCCGCCCCCAACCCCGCCCCCGGCCCCGCCCCCAACCCCGCCCCGCCCACCUGAGCCAGGUGAGGGCGGGGCCGACCCCGCCCAGGCCAAGCUGAUCAUGCUGGUGGACGAGUUCUACUACGGGCGCGACGGCGGCAAGGGCGCCGCCAUGACGCCCUGCCCCAGGGUGCCCACGUCCUUCCGGUGUCCCCACUGCACCAAGCGCCUCAAGAACAACAUCCGGUUCAUGAACCACAUGAAGCACCACGUGGAGCUGGACCAGCAGAACGGCGAGGUCGACGUGCACAGCAUCUGCCAGCACUGCUACCGCCACUUCAGCACCCCCUUCCAGCUGCAGUGCCACCUGGAGAACGUGCACAGCCCCUAUGAGUCCUCCACCAAGUGCAAGAUCUGCGAGUGGGCGUUCGAGAGCGAGCCGCUCUUCCUGCAGCACAUGAAGGACACCCACAAGCCUGGGGAGAUGCCCUACGUGUGCCAGGUGUGCCAGUACCGCUCGUCGCUGUACUCGGAGGUCGAUUCCCAUUUCCGCCUGAGCCACGAGGACACGCGGCACCUGCUGUGCCCCUACUGCCUCAAGGUCUUCAAGAACGGCAACGCCUUCCAGCAGCACUUCAUGAGGCACCAGAAGAAGAGCGUGUACCACUGCAACAAGUGCCGCCUGCAGUUCCUGUUUGCCAAGGACAAGAUCGAGCACAAGCUGCAGCACCACAAAACCUUCCGCAAGCCCAAACAGCUCGAGGGGCUCAAACCCGGCACCAAGGUGACGAUCCGGGCGUCGCGGGGCCAACCCCGCUCGGUUCCGCUGGAGCCGCCGGGAACGGGCGCGGAGCCGACGGCGCCGGGAGCCGGCAGCGACCCCCAGCCCCUGUUCCUGUGCCACAGGAACCAGCCCAGGAGGGCAGGCAGGAAAACGAGCGGGCUGGGCCGGCAGACGUGCCUGGAGUGCAGCUUUGAGAUCCCCGAUUUCCCCAACCACUUCCCCACCUACGUGCACUGCUCGCUGUGCCGCUACAGCACCUGCUGCUCGCGCGCCUACGCCAACCACAUGAUCAACAACCACGUUCCCAGGAAAAGCCCCAAAUAUUUGGCGUUGUUCAGGAAUUACACAGCCAGCGGGCUGCGCCUGUCGUGCUCCUCCUGUCCCUUUGUCACCUCGCAGGGCGACGCCAUGGCCAAGCACUUGGUGUUCAACCCCUGCCACCAGUCCAGCACCGUGCUGGGCCACGGCCCUUCUUGGAUAUCACAUUCCAGGCACCCCGCGGACCCCACCCCCCGCGACGCCGCCGCCGCCGCCGCCGCCGCCGCGCUGGGGGAGCAGCUGUCGGUGAAGAAACUGCGCGUCGUCCUCUUCGCCCUCUGCUCCAGCACCGAGCAGGCGGCGCGCCACUUCCGCAACCCCCCGCGCCGCAUCCGCCGCUGGCUGCGCCGCUUCCAGGCCUUCCACGACGACCGCCAGGAACCCCCCGAGGGGAAAUACCUCAGCUUGGAGGCCGAGGAAAAAUUGGCCGAGUGGGUGUUGACCCAACGCGAGCAACAGUUGCCGGUCAACGAGGAGACGCUGUUCCAAAAAGCCACCAAAAUCGGGCGGGCGUUGGAGGGCGGGUUCAAAAUUUCCUACGAGUGGGCGGUGAGGUUCAUGCUGAGGCACCACCUCAGCACCCACACGCGCCGCGGCGUGGCCAACCCCCUCCCCAAAGAGAUCCAAGGCAACGCCGGCGCUUUCAUCGAGUUCGUCCAACGGCAGAUCCGCCGGCAGCGCUUGGCGCCCGCCAUGAUCGGCGCCGUCGACGAGAUCUCGCUCUUUUUGGAUGUCGAGGUUUUGGGCAGCGAGGAACGCAAGGAGAACGCGCUGCAGACGGUCGGCAACGGCGAACCGUGGUGCGAGUUGGUGUUGACCGUGUUGGCCGACGGCAACGUGUUGCCGGCGUUGGUCAUCUCCAAAGGGCAGCACCCGUCUCCGGCCACCAUCCCUGAAUCCAUCUUGUUGGAAUCCAACGAGAACGGUUACGGCGACGACGAAAUCAUGGAGCUGUGGGCGGCCAGGGUGUGGAGGAAACACACGGAAUGCCGCGGAGGAUCUUCCAAAGGGAUGUUGGUGCUGGAUUGUCACCGGACCCACCUCUCCGAGGAGGUGCUGGCCGUGCUCAGCUCGGCCGGAACGUUACCGGCCGUCAUCCCCGCCGGUUGCAGCUCCAAAACUCAACCUUUGGACGUCUGCAUCAAGAGAUCCUUAAAAAAUUUCCUCCAAAAAAAAUGGAAAGAACGAGCCAAAGAGCUGACGGAUCCCGACUCCUCCGCGCUGCUCCAGCUCCUGCUGGGGUGGUUGGGAGAAGCUUUGGAAAUCCUCGGCGAUUGCCCGGAGUUGAUCCGGAAAUCGUUCCUGCUGGCCAGCGUCUUGCCGGCCGGCGGCUCGGCGUCGCCGCGGAGGAACGGCGACGAGCAGGAAGAGCUGAUCGCCGCCAUGGAGGAGAGGUUGCAGAUCGCCAAAAGCCGGGAAUCGUCGCCGGGAUCGCCGGAGAACGACGGCGACGCCGAGGCCGACCCCGAAAUCCUUCACCGGCUCUUCGAGGGCGAGAGCGAGGCCGAGUCGUUCUACGGAUUCGAGGAGGCCGAUCUGGAGCUGAUGGAAAUCUGAGCGAGCUCCCCACGAGAGGAUUUUAAAAUUUUAAACCGGAAUUUUUCAAAAGGAAACGGACGGAAUCGCGCCGGAUCGGAGCGGGGGCGGCGUUCCCGCGGUUUCGGGCGCGGAAAUUCGAGGUUUUUGGGAGGUCCCCGAAAAUUUCUUAAUUUUUGAUCCCAGAAAUUGAAGAAUUUUCCCAGUUUUUGACCCCCAGAGUUCAAGGAUUUUCCCAAUUUUUUGCCCCAGAGUUCAAGGAUAUUCCCAGUUUUUAGCCCUCAAAAAUUCAAGAGUAUUCCCAGGUUUUGACCCCCAAAAUUUUAGGAUAUUCCCAAUUUUUGGCACCCAAAGUUCAAGAGUAUUCCCAAUUUUUGAUCCCCAAAAUUCCAGGAUAUUCCAAAGUUUUGACCCCAGAAUUCAAGGACAGUCCCAGUUUUUGGCAUCCAAAAUUCCAGGAUAUUCCCAAUUUUUGACCCCAGAAAUUCCAGGAUAUUCCCAAUUUUUGCCCCAAAAAUUCCAGAAUAUUCCCAAUUUCUGACCCCUAAAUUCCAGGAUAUUCCCAAUUUUUGGCACUCAAAAUUGAAGAGUAUUCCCAGUUUUUGACCCCCAAAAUUUCAGGAUAUUCCCAAUUUUUGGCACCCGAAGUUCAAGAGUAUUCCCAAUUUUUGACAUCCAAAAUUCAAGGAUAUUCCCAAUUUUUGACCCACAAAAUUCCAGGAUAUUUCCAAUUUUUGACCCCAGAAAUUCCAGGAUAUUCCCAAUUUUUUGUCCCAAUAUUCAAGGACAUUCCCAAUUUUUGGGUGUCCAAACUCACCCCAAAAAUU